AUCAUAUGUUUGUUUGAAAACAAUGGUUUAUCAGUGGUGAAUUGAGCUGAUUUCAACAUCAAUGAAAAUGCGAAGAUAAUCAUUUCAAAAUAGGGAUUUAAGGCAUUCUAUUUUAGAUGCUGUGGUUGUAAAUCGGAAACUAAUAUAGUACUGAUAAAUUAAAUCUAUUUCUGUUUAGAUAUGUAUGCGAGUAUAGUAAUUGUCACAGUUGGUGUUUUAUGUUUUGUUAUAACGGCCAAGUCUUAUGCCGAAGUAACUAUUGGAAAUUACGAUGUUACAUCGAAAAAUCCAUUGCCGAUUAUUUUAUGGCAUGGAAUGGGUGAUAGUUGUUGCAAUCCCAUAAGCAUUGGCGGUGUGCAAAAAUUUCUUGAAGAAAGCAUUCCUAAUGUUUAUGUUCAUUCUCUUGAAAUCGGAAAAAACGAACUUAUUGAUUUCGAAAACAGUUAUUUAAUGAAUGUAAAUGAGCAAGUUUCUAUAGCUUGUACGAAAAUUGCUGCAGAUCCUGCUCUGCGAAAUGGAUAUAAUGCAAUUGGUUUCUCCCAAGGUGGCCAGUUCCUUCGAGCAGUUGCGCAGCGGUGUCCUAAUCCACCCAUGAAGAAUCUUAUAAGUUUUGGUGGCCAACAUCAAGGUGUGUAUGGUUUUCCACGCUGCCCGGGUGAGUCGGAGAAAUUUUGUGAUUAUAUCCGAAGAUUACUUAAUGAGGGAGCUUAUGUCAGUUGGGUGCAGAAUCAUUUAGUUCAAGCGGAAUAUUGGCAUGAUCCUUUGCAUGAAGAUGAAUAUAAAGCUAAAAGUAUCUUCCUAGCUGAAAUAAAUAAUGAAAAUGUCAAAAAUGAAACUUAUAAAAACAACUUGAAGAAAUUAGAAAAUUUUGUUAUGGUUAUGUUUACUGAAGACAAAAUGGUGGAUCCUAAAGAAUCAGAAUGGUUUGGAUUUUACAAGCCAGGCCAAGCAAAGGAAACUGUGAAAUUGCAAGAUACUCCUCUUUAUCAAGAAGAUUGGCUUGGUUUGAAAGAAAUGGAUAAAAAUAAGAAAUUGCAUUUCUUGCAGGCUAUAGGAGACCAUCUCCAGAUAGACCUUAAUUGGUUUAAGCAGGAAAUUAUAAACAAUUUUUUAAAUCCAAAAUGAUGAAAUAACUGUUCAGAUUUAUUAUGUGCAUAUAUAUAUUAAUUAUAUUUAUUUUAAUUUAGCUGUGAAUAUUGUAUAUGAAUUAUAAUUUUUAUAUAAUAUAUUAAUUUUAUUGUAUGAAUCAUAUGUUUUUUAAAAAUAUAUAUACAUUGCUUUCAUAUUGUUUCAGUCUGAAACAAAUGAUUUUAAAUACUUUUUACAUAAUUGAAUGUCAGAAAAAGAAAUAACCAGAGAUUUAUUGCUUCUUACAA